AUGCAGCUUCUUUCCUUAAUCACUGCAGCUUUGCUGUCGACACUCACUAUUGCAUCUCCCCUAUCCAACGCCGAUCGAGAAAGCGUGAAUGUCAUCCCUAGAGCAUCAGCUUGCGUUGUAUCUCAUCUAGAAAUCUUUAACGAGGACAUCAAGUAUGGCCUCCCGUUCUGCCAAUACUAUGUGGCAACUCCUCGAACCCAGAGCCCGAUUCCCGGCCUGAACACACAACAAGUCUACGAUGUUUGCCAAUGCAUCAUCGAUGGUCACUUCCAGCCUGCAGCACGAAUUGGCGCUGACUGGACACCAAUCUCGACAUUCAAGGUCGCUACUAGAACUAUUGUUCAAUAUUCCACCGUCACGGUUGCAAGAUCGACGGUCGCUCUGACUACAGUCCGAUCUGUACCCAUCCUGACCACUGGUGUUUCAACGAUCACCGAGAAGCACACUAUCUUUAGCACGGUGACGGCCAAGGCUUCAAAUGCUGCCGAGUCUACCAAGACCAUUGCCAGAACGACCGUGACUCAGAAAGUCACCAUUGCAAAGACCACAAUCACUGCAAAGGCCUCAGGAUCGAGCAGUCCUAGUGGAAAAUCUGUCGUGACCAUAGCCAAGACUACGAUUACUCUCAAGCCUACGGCCACCUUGACGGUUGCUAAAACGACCAUCACAGCGAACAACCAGACCCCCAGACCAACCACUGUGUUCAAAACCACGACUUUGAGCGCAGUUGGAUCUUCCCAGAAGACCGUCACCAGCGUGAAGACGGUCGACUCUCCUCAGAAAACCAUCACUGUCGCUCAAACUACCGUGACUGUUCGAGCUUCAAGCACCGUCAGAGCAUCGAGUGAAGCGCAGAUCGUAUCGAUCAGAACUGUGACCAGUGUGAAGACGGUUGGCGCUCAGGCUACUGCCACUCGCGUGGUCACAGUCUACACUUCGGCUUCUGCGUCUAAAGCAGGCUCGAGUUCAGGUGCUUCAACUCAAACCUCACACGCCUCCAAUGGUGUCACCGCUUCCUCGACCUCCACUGAAACUGCCUCGACCUGUUCUCGUGCUCCGUCCAACACACCAUCUGCCACCAUCACUGUGGCUGACACUGAAUAUACACGUUUCUACCGAGGUUGUGGCUACACCGAAAACCCCAACAACCCUGGAAAUGCCUACUACUCAGAAAACUUCCCUCCUGUCACUACAAACCUCACCGGCACACUCACUGCCGAUCAAGCCGUUCAGCAAUGUGCCGAAGACGCAUACUACCGCUACGAAGAUCCAAAUGAGUAUCUCUCAUUCGAUCUGCACUUUAUCAGCACCAGCGACGAAGGCCUGGCUGGUGAAGGCGAUGGAGUUUGGCAGUGUGUCCAGUACUUCUCUGAGCAGAGUGAUACCGAUACUUCUGGCUACUUCGACGUCGCCAAUCCUGCUGUGCUCGUUGCUUAUGGAUAUUCUUCUGGUCUCUACUCUGAUGCUGCUGCAGCGGCUGCAAAGACUAACUCUAAGAGAGCUGUGGCCGAUCGUGUUGGAGUGUCGGAGAGUAGCCAGUUCUAUCCUGCUGCAAGAGGCCAGAGGCUCAAUUAUGGAUUCAGCAACUUUACGCGUGCUGGAUAUUAA